ACCUCACCACCAGGUGACACCAAGACCACUGUAACCAUGACAACCAGCCACCAGCCUCAGGACAGGUACAAAGCUGUCUGGCUUAUCUUCUUCAUGCUGGGUCUGGGGACGCUCCUCCCCUGGAACUUUUUCAUGACAGCCACUUUGUAUUUCACAGAUCGCCUGGACAAGUCUCAAAAUGUGUCCUUGGUCACUGCUAUGCUGGACAUCCACGCCUCCGCCGCCCCCACAAUGCUCUCGCCUGAGCGCGGUUACCUCAGUGCCAUCUUCAACAACGUCAUGACCCUGUGUGCCAUGCUCCCCCUCCUGCUCUUCACCUGUCUCAACUCCUUCCUGCAUCAGAGGAUCCCCCAGUCCAUACGGAUCCUGGGAAGCCUGAUGGCCAUCCUGCUGGUGUUCAUGGUCACUGCCAUCCUGGUGAAGGUGAAGAUGGAUGCACUGCCCUUUUUCGUUAUCACCAUGAUCAAGAUCAUGCUCAUUAAUUCGUUCGGUGCCAUCCUGCAGGGAAGCUUGUUCGGCCUGGCUGGCCUCUUGCCUGCUAGCUACACAACCCCCAUCAUGAGCGGCCAGGGUUUGGCGGGCUUCUUCGCAUCCAUAGCCAUGAUCUGUGCCAUUACCAGUGGCUCGGAGCUGUCAGAAAGUGCCUUUGGCUACUUUAUCACCGCCUGUGCAGUCAUAGUUCUGACCAUCAUCUGUUACCUGGGUCUGCCCCGGCUGGAAUUCUACCGCUACUACCAGCAGCUCAAGAUCGAAGGGUCUGGGGAACAGGAGACCAAGUUGGACCUCAUUAGUAAAGGAGAAAUGCCAAGAGCAGGCAAAGAGGAGCCCGGGAUCCCAGCCCCAAACUCUCAGUCCACCGCAACUAUCCCCUCCAUCAAGGCCAUCCUCAAAAAUAUUUCGGUCCUGGCUUUCUCCGUCUGCUUCAUCUUCACGAUCACCAUUGGAAUAUUUCCCGCUGUGACCUCUGAGGUCAAGUCCAGCAUUGGGGACAACAGUGCCUGGGGAAGCUACUUCAUCCCUGUGUCCUGUUUCUUGAUUUUCAAUAUCUUUGACUGGCUGGGCCGGAGUCUCACAGCCAUAGUCACAUGGCCUGGCAAGGACAGCCACUGGCUGCUGAGCCUGGUGGUGGCCCGGCUGGUGUUCGUGCCUCUGCUGCUACUGUGCAAUGUGAAGCCUAGAAGGUAUCUGCCUGUGGUCUUUGAGCACGAUGCCUGGUUCAUCCUCUUCAUGGCCGCCUUCGCCUUCUCCAAUGGCUACCUCGCCAGCCUCUGCAUGUGCUUUGGGCCCAGGAAAGUGAAGCCAGCUGAGGCAGAGACCGCGGGAGCCAUCAUGGCCUUCUUCCUGUGUCUGGGCUUGGCACUGGGGGCUGUCUUCUCCUUCCUGCUCCGGGCAAUUGUGUGA